AUGGUAAAUCAAGAUGACUUGAUGGAGUUACUAGUUAAUGAUUAUAAAGCAGAUGUCAAUGCAAUGGCUGCUGACGGGACUCAACCCAUUCAUUUGGCUUGUUUUUAUCAACCUAUAGAUGAUUCAAAAAACUAUCCUUACAAACGAAGUAUAGUAGGCAGUAAAAUAGAAAUAGAAACACUGGUGAAAGCUAAUGCAAAUGUUGAUGCCGUAUUUGGACAAGAAAUUUUUUCAAAGCACGUCAAAGGCAAAAAGUGGUGUCCGGAUUUUGGUGACAAAAUGCCACUAGUUGCGUAUACUAUUAUUUAUGAUAAACCAUCAAUAAUUGACCAUCUCAAAAAUUCCAUCCUAAAAGAUAUGGGGAAUUCCGAUUCAUUAAAGAUUUCUUGCAACUUGGUUCUACCCCUGUCGGCCCAGAUUUUUGUUGUCAUGUAUUACCAAGUUGGGGGGCUAGCUGACAUGUAUGCACUGAUAAACAAAGACCCAGCAACAUUUUUGCCAAAUCUAGCAGCGUACAGAACUAAUCGACUGCUACUGUCGAAUUUGUUGCCUUUUUAUACUUCCAUGCCCUUAUCUAGGGUUUUAUAUUACGCCACGCUUCCUAUAGAUGAAGAUUCUAAGUAUUUAGUACGUGCCAAUUCAGAAGCUGAAAGAAUUGAUUAUCUAGAACGAGUCAGAGGAGAUCGAGAACUUUGUAUAGAAAUUGCUUUAAAAGAUCUGGUCUUUAGGGGUAUAUUCAGAUUACCUGUUCCAGAAGAAGAAAUAAAAUUGAUGGAUGAAUUAAUUGCCAGCGACGAAAAUCUCAGGUGGAUUGUAGAUGACUACAAAAAAAAUUUCAUUGGAAAAGAAUUAAAAGAGCAUUUCAUUGAAUUCGGCAAUAAUAAAAUGACAAUAUAUGAUUUUUUAAUGCAAGUAUUUGAUGAUAAAAAAUUGAAAUUUUUAGCGCGAGAAGAGGAUUUACUGGAUGCCCUGGAUGAUGUUUUCGGCUCUCUGGCAAUGAAUUCUGAUAAUGAUGAUUUCUAUUAUAACUAUAAAUAUCCAAUUAAAAACAGGAUAGAAAAUGUUGAGGAAAGAUUAGGACUUCUCGAAAAUUUGAAGAAAAUUCCAUCACUUCGAAAAGCUAUACCGUUACCUUAUGAACUUAAAAGAAGAUAUAAAAUGGAUCCUGGUAACUCACUGAUGUAUCAAGCCAUCGAAGAUCACAAAUUGGAAGAUAUUAAAUUGUUAUUAGAAAAUGGAAUUGAUGUAAAUGAACCGAUAAUAACAACUGGAGAAUUUGCUGGAUUCACAGCAUUGCAUGUUGCAUGCAUGAAAGGUAAAAAUCACUUGGUGGAAUUACUAGUUAAUGAUUAUAAAGCAGAUGUCAAUGCAAUGGCUACUGACGGGACUCAACCCAUUCAUUUGGCUUGUUUUUAUGAACCAAUAUCAGAAACCAAUCCUUGGCAACCAGAACCAGUAGUAGGCAGUAUAAUAAAAUCAUUGGUAAAAGCUAAUGCUAAUGUUGAUGCCGAAUUUGGACAAGAAAUUUUUUCAAAGCACGUCAAAGACAGAGAAUGGUGUCCUGAUUUUGGUGACAAAAUGCCAAUAGUUGCAUAUACUGUUAUUUAUGAUAAACCAUCAAUAAUUAAUCAUCUCAAAAAAGUAAACUUAGACAUUAUAAGCCGUACAAAUAAAACAUUGCUGAUGUACGCUGUUGAAAAAGAGUGUGUUCAUUACAAUUCAUACAUGAUGUCAAAUGUCGAUGAUCCUUGGUUGAGGGAUAAAUUGAUAAACCAUCGUGAUAAUGAUGAUGUACCGCUAACUCAUUAUCUAUUGCAUCCUAAAAAAUAUGGAAUAUUUAGAUAUCAAGAUAGUACGGUAUUCUAUGGUUACGAUAUCGAUUCAAAAUUAAUUUGUAACUUUGUAAGUUGGGGGGCUGACAUGUAUGCACUGAUUAACGAUGAUCCAGCAACAUUUUUGCCCAAUCUAUCAGCUUACAGAAGUCUUCCAACUCUAAUGAAGUAUUCAUUGCCCUAUUAUACUUCUAUGUCCUUAUUGAGGGUUUUAUACUACGCUUCGCUCCCUAUAGAUGAAAUGUCUGAUCAUUUAGUAUGUGUUCAGAUAAUAAGAUCAGAGUUUGAGCGACAUGAUUAUCUAGAGCAAAUUAGAGAAAAUCGAGAAGUUUGUAUAGAAAUUGCUUUAUCAGAUCUGAUCUUUAGGAGUACAUUCAGAUUACCUGUUUUAGAAGAAGAAAUAAAAUUAAUGGAUGAAUUAAUUUCCAGCGACGAAAAUCUCAGGUGGAUUGUAGAUAACUACAAAAAAAAUUUCAUUGGAAAAGUAUUACAGGACCAUUUUAUUGAAUUCAGUGAUAAUAAAAUGACAAUGUAUGAUUUUUUUAUGCAAGUUUUUGACGAUAAAAAAUUGAAAUUUUUGGCAAGAGAAGAGGAUUUACUGGAUGCCCUAGAUAAUAUUGUGCUUCGUCAGAAUGAUGAUUUUUCUCGAUUCUAUGAAGCCUAUCGAAAUCCAAUUAAAAUCAGGAUAAAAGAUGCUAAAGAAAGAUUAAGACUUCUUGAAAAUUUGAAGAAAAUUUCAUCACUUAGAAAAGCUAUACCAUUACCGUUUGAACUGGUAUUAGAUAUUGUUGAGUAUUUAAACAACAAACACUUGAAUAUAUUUAUAAAAUCAUUUUAUACUUUGUAA